GAAUCCUUAACAGCUAUAUGUCAAGGAUAAAAACUAAAUCAAUACCUAUACUCCCCAAUCACCGAGUAAUUAAUCCCCACUUGAACCCCCAGUACAUCCAUAUACCAAAAAUCAAUGUCCACCCCCCUCCUCCGCCUCCUCCGAACAACCCCCGCGAAGGCAACAGCAAAAGCAACAGCAAAAGCCAAAUCCAAAACCACCCCGGCCCAGAAACCCACCUACAGCCUCCACAUCGCCUGUCACGUCAAGCCCAACGCCUCCAGCAAGCGCGAGGGCAUCAUCAGCGUCGGGCCCGACCGAGUCGACGUAUGUGUUGCGGCGGUGCCGAAGAACGGUGAGGCUAAUUCUGCCGUGGAGGGGUUAUUUGCUGGGGUAUUUUCGAUUCUUUCUUUUGCUUUCUCAUUUCUGCCUGAUUAUAGUCCUUGCUGGAAUGGAUUGUGGAGUGCUAAUAUGAGUGUCUAGGUAUUGCAAGUCUCCAAGUCUCGCGUGGAAGUUAUUCGCGGGUUGAAGUCGCGGGAGAAGACGUUAUGUGUUGAGGGGGUGGAUGUGGAUGGGAAUCCUGAUGGGGAGGAGAAAUUCCUAUCUGAUAUACAGAGGGUUUUGCUAGAGGCUGUGAAAUGAUUUCUUUCAUUAUUCUGGUAUCUUAUAUAUUGUUUUGUCAAGGUAAAACG